AUGUCAUCCCUGGACCUGAUGAAAAAGCAGGGCUGGACCUCUGGGACCCUGUCCUCGGCUUCUGUCAAAAGGAGGAUCCUGAAGAACCGGAACCGGAGGGUCGGACCCAAGACACCGGAGCCGCGCGAGGACAGCGACUGUCACCUGUGCAGGUGUUCUGGACUGUCACUGACCGGCAGUAGUCGUACCGUCCGUCGGAUUCUGACCGCCUGCCUUCUGUCUUUCCUGGCCCUGCUCGGCUCUGUUUCCAUUGACCUCAGUGCCAACUUUGACCUGUUGCGCACCACGGAAACCGCUUACGAUGAGCUGACCUCAUGCAGAACUAUAGCGCUCCUGCAACUCGUCAGCAAACUUCAACAGAUGAGGCGUUUACUUACAAAAGACGCAGAGAACGAGACGGUCGAGGAGAGUUCAUCUGAAGUGGUGGUUCCUGCGCUCGGUCAUCUCUGCGCCAACAUGUUGGGCCACAGUAACGAUCACGGGAUGUCCUGCGCUGCGGAAAUGGCAGGUUUUUGCCAAGAGAUCCGAAGGAACAUUACAGAGUGUCUGAAUGCUUCAUGGGAGGUGAACGGCAUCAGUGAAAAUGCGACUUCUGUUUUCUCGUGGGCCAUUUCCAGACUUUUGGACAUGUGGGGGACCGUACAAGACACUCUGUCCAAAGUCAAACAAAACCCAGACUGGACAGAUGUACUGUCCGCAAGACUUUUGAUGAUCUUCAUUGAACUGAACCACCAGCUGAUAGACUGCCCCCAUGCUGCAGCUCACCCGGACCUCCAGUACCAAUGGACCCAUACCCUAAACUACCUGGGCUUCGCCAGGGUUUUGUCUGAACGACUGAAUGACUGCUGGUCCGAGAACAUAGACCUCAAAUUCAACAUCUCCCAGGAUGCCGGACAGUUGGAUAUUUUAAACAUGAGGCCCUGGCAGUUCUCUGGGACUGACCUCCUGUCCGGGUCUUCCACUGGAGUCCAAGCUUUGACCAGUACCCAUCAGUGCCUGUUUGCCCGGGCGGUGCCUGCUCUCAGGUUGGCAUCGCGGUCCAUGUCGUCCAGCCUCAGUAUGAGGAUCUGUCUGCUGGCCAUAGCGUGUCUCAUCUACCCAGUGGUGAUGUUUUCUUUCAAGCAGAUGACUGAGUGGAUUCAGAACUAUGCCCAGAGCUUGAAGGAGAAGACCGCCGACCUGAAGCGACAGCGACAGCUGGCCGAGGAUCUGCUUCAUCAAAUGCUGCCCAAGUCAGUCGCCAAACAGCUGCGACAGCAGAAACAUGUGGAGGCUGAGAGCUACGAAAAGGUGACCAUCUUCUUCUCGGACAUCGUGGGCUUCACCUCCAUCUCGGCCUCCUGCACUCCUCUGCAGGUGGUGGAGAUGCUCAACAACCUCUACAUGUGCUUCGACACACGCAUUGACUUCUACGACGUCUACAAGGUGGAGACCAUCGGAGACGCCUACAUGGUGGUGAGCGGUCUGCCUGAGCGCAACGGAGACCGCCACGCUGACGAGAUCGCAAAGAUGGCUCUGGACCUGGUGGCGGCGGUCCGACAGGUGUCCAUCCCACAUAUGCCCGAACAGAGGCUGCAGCUGAGAGCGGGCAUCCACACAGGUCCGUGUGUUGCCGGAAUAGUUGGAUAUAAAAUGCCCAGAUACUGUCUGUUUGGAGACACCGUCAACACAGCCUCAAGGAUGGAGUCCACCAGCCUACCUCAGAAAAUUCACACCAGUUCUGAGACCUACUUGGCCCUGAUGAAAGAUAACGCCUACGAGCUGCAGCUGCGCGGAGAGAUCGAGGUUAAGGGUAAAGGUAAGAUGAACACAUACUGGCUGGUCGGACAUAAGAACUACAGCGUUCAGAACGACAGUCUGGUUUGUCACUGGAAUCCAAACAUGGCCAAGAAGAAGAAGAAGACGUUAGCGGGCGCCACCGUCUCUGCCGACAACUCGUCGGUGACGGUGCAGAGCCUCAGUGACACCACCCCCACCCCUCUGUCCCUCCCCUCCUCCACUCAAACUCCCCCCCGGCCCUGUUCGGACCGGCUCAGCCCCAGUGUGGAGCUGUACGGGGGCAGCUACGGGACCCUGGGCUCCAUGGUGGGGGGUCUGCAGGGGGGAGACGAGAGCCCUCUACCCGACAGACGAAGGAUGAGCGCCGGGAACGACCCUGAGCAGCUGCCUCCCGGGUCUAAAGCCCACCAGUAA